AAUGGAUUAUGAAGCAAUUCAGACUUUUGGUCUUCCUAGGUCUCCCACAUCCCCCGGAAAUCCUCCAACCCCAUGGGGAUCGGGAGUUCCGGCUGAGUUCCCCCCAGCCCUCAACCCCCUUUGUCUCAUCUCCUCUUUCUAGAAGAAGUGCUUCGUGUCAUGGGACAGAGCCCCUAGCAAGUGAAGAAGCUAAGCUACCAGAAAGUUUUGGGAGGGCGUGACGUUCCCACUUCAACCUGUCCCGUCGAUCGUAUUUUUAUCCUCUACCCACCCCGACUGUCAACCUCCAUCUUUACAUCAGGACUGGAGAAACCACCGUUCCCUGUUCCCUUGGCCCUACAUUUCACCACGAAAAUGCCUUUGGGGAUUCUAGAAGACACCAAACUCGAGAACGUUCCGGGUACUGCACCCCUGAACGAGCUUGGCCAGGACAAUGCCUACUCAGGCAUCGACCCUGCUCUCAUGAAACAUGACGAGACGGGCAAAAUCGUGCUUGUUCCUCAACCAUCAGAUUCACCCAAUGAUCCCUACAAUUGGCCGCGAUUGAAGAAAGAGCUCUUUACUGUCGCGUUCGGCUGGGGCUGUGGUUGUACAGGAGCUGUUGGUCCACUUCUAGGAGCAGCCUUCGUACCUCUUGCUGAACAGUUUGGGGUUCCUCUAAACACUUUUGUCUCCGGUGUGCAGGGGAGUACAAUCGCCGCCGUUGCUGUGGGAAGUUUGGUGUUCAACUGUCUCGCAGUCAAGUAUGGCAAACGUCCAGUUUAUCUGAUCACGACCAUCGGAAUGAUGGUAGCAUGUUUCUGGGCUGCCGCGGCCAAAAACUUUGCCUCAUUAGUAGCAGCGCGUGUCCUCAGUGGUCUAUGUAUGGGUCCGUUCGAAGCCUUGGUUCCAGCGUCUAUUGGUGAUGUCUGGUUUGUCCAUGAGCGCGGUUUUCGCACAGCAAUUUUCAAUCUUGGAGUGCUAGGCGGUAUUAAUCUUGCCACUCCCAUCGCCGGAGCCGUCAUACAGUAUGGGGAUUAUAAAAUCUGCCUGAACGGGAUGGGCGGUGCAUUUGCGUUAACACUCAUCAUGGUGUUUUUCUGGAUGCCAGAGACCGCAUAUGUACGCACAGAUGCAUUGAGCAUUGAUACCGGUUUUGACCUCAGCUCCCUAGAAAACAAAGCCAACGUUAAACACCUUGAAGCCUCAGGAGACCCGGCGCCAGCAUCAGAUAAUGAACCACGCAUCUCAUACAUGCGAGAACUUCUCCCGUAUAGCGGCUAUGUCAACCACGUUUCCUUCUGGAACACACUCAUCCGUCCUGCCUACCUCAUUGCUUCUCCCGCUGUUGUAUGGGCUGUCAUCCUCUUCACAACCUGCAUCUCGUGGCUAGUCCUCAUCUCGCUCACCAUCUCUCAAAUUUUCUCCGCCCCGCCCUACAGCUUUUCCGUCGGUGCCGUCGGCGCCACUAACGUCUCGUCCUUCGUUGCGUCCCUUAUCGGAACCCUCGUUGCAGGACCCUUAGUCGACGGUGUAGCAAGUUGGCUCUCCAAGAUCAACAAAGGAAUCUUCGAACCCGAAUUUCGCCUCCCUAUUAUGAUUACCUACCUUUUCUUCACCGCAACCGGCUUCUUCGCUUGGGGCCAGUCUCUCUACGCUGUCGAGCCCUGGCCGAUCCCUGUGAUAGUAUGCCUGGGCCUCAUCAAUCUUGGAGUGCAACUCGGCACCACGGGAGUUGUAACCUACGUCGUCGACUGCCACCGCGAGAAAGCAAGCGAGGCUUUUGCAACAAUGAACUUUGUCAAAAACAUCUUUUCCUUCGGUCUGACCUUCUAUGUUAAUGGGUGGAUCGAUACCCAGGGUGUCAAGAAUUGUUUCUUUACAAUUGGCGGUAUUACAAUUGGGGUUACUCUAUUAACAGUGCCAAUGUAUAUCUGGGGAAAGAGGAGUCGGAGUUGGGUGCAUCGACAUCGGAUUGCGGAGAGGUUAUAGCCGGGUUGUUCGACGCUUCCAUUUUGCCCUCCUCUGGUGCCUACUUCAACGUUACUAGGUAAACCAAGAUUAUUCGGGUAUGCGGGCCACUAAGCAGGUCUGAUAAUGGGAUUGGUAUGCCAGGUUGAUAUUUUGUUGUAUCUCUUUUUAUUCCCUCUGAUUAAAUUAAUAUGAUUCAACAUAUAGAAGUACUUCAUUGUCUUUUUUACUAGCUAUACAUAGCAUUAAAUAUCGUGUCUGUCCAUUUGGCUCGCGAACCCCAUCACCCAGAGGUACAGUUCACCUGCAGGAGACUCUCGUCGACCUAGACGGACUCGUUAGCUAUAUAUGACCCUAUAUCGGACAGGGUAUACA